UGAAAACAACGCAUCGAAAUAGAAUUGAGAAUCGUUGUGUUGUUCGGUAUACUGAAGUGAUUUUUGGAUCGAGUUUGGAUUAAUUAGGUUUUUGUGGUUUGUUUCAUGCGCUUGUUGUUCGGUUUAACGGUUCGCAUAUGUGGCUAAGUUUGUUCUAUUUAUUCAAAUUUAACUAAAACACAAACAAUGAGACACAGCCCUAAGCGCAGCCUCUGGUCUUACGAUGAAACGUUGGAAAUGCUGAACAUAAUGAUGGACCAGGAAAGCUUGAAAGCAAUGAAUGGAAGACCGUUUCGAAAGGAAAAGGCAUUCCGCUUGAUCCAGGAAGAGAUGGCUCAGCGCGGUUUCCAACAGAAAGAUGCGAAACAAAUAGAAUAUCGGUGGAAGAACCUGAAAAAGCGAUACAUAGAUAUCCAGAAGAAUCCCGAUAGCGGGGAUACACCUUCGUUUCAGUACUACGAUGAGAUUGAUCUCCUGAUGAACGGAAGAACGGAAGCUGGUGGUACACGCGUGACCAAACCGAGCAGAUCCGCUGGGGAGAUCACGAAAGAACGUGCGGUGACUUCAACUUCCCCAAAAGCGACAACAAAACCGGAACCGAUGGACGACUCAGUUGUAUCUCCCGCGAAAAACGAUCAGCACGAUACGUCCAUCGAUGAAUCGUUUUGUGACGAUGUGGCCAUGGAGGAGGAAGUGGUGGAGGAACCGGCGGAGACUUCCGAUGCCAGUCAGAGACGAUCGCAGCGGAGCACGAAGGGGCAAAAUCCCCGUUACAACGCGGACAACUUUAGGGCAGCCCCGUCAUCGUCGUUAUCUACGCCAAGGGUAACCGAAGACGAACAGUAUCGGAGCCAGAAAAGGUUGAUCGACUACCAGUUUGGGCUCUACAGCCGUCUGCAACAAGAGUCGGAUGAAAAGUUUCUGCAAAUGAGCCGCGAAAUGUUGAUACAAUGUAACGUGCGAUUCGAAACAUUCGUUUCGGAAGUGCUGGCAGAGAGUGAUAUAGGAUAGGAUGAUGCAAAUAAUUUAUCCAGGAAAUGACAAAAGAAUCAACAGAGUAUCCGCUUCCGAAACGAAGGUUUAUUUUGAGUAGCUUCAGCUUCCGGUUUCUAUUUGCUUAACAACAUUGCGCAUAAAUCGUUAAAAGUACAAUUGAGUGACAAAAUUCAUAAUACAGCUAAUAAAAUAAGAAAACUAAUGGCACUCGUUUACUUUUUGUCCAC